AGUAAAAAUUUUAAACGAGACGAUUAAUGUGCAUCUAUCUUUAGUGAUGUCUCAUUAAUGGACAUGCUAUGCUUAGCUUUAACGAAACUCCAUAAUAUUCACAUUUCACAACCCCUCUCUAAACCCUAGCUAGUUAGCUUUCUCUCUGCAACUCCAUAUAUUUGAAGCUGCUCGGCAUUCUAUACAACUGCAAAAUUUGAGUUUGUUUUUGGGUAUUUUUUCUUUGUUUUUUUUUUCACUCACUGAAGCAACUAAAUCAAUGGCUUCAGCUUGCGUAAACAACGUCGGUAUGUCGCCGGAGAAUUUUCUCGAUUGUUCUCCGAAAAAGUACAAGUCCUACGGCUGGUUGAGUUCUAGAAUCUUCAAUGAGAAGAAAACAGCUGAGGAUAAGCCGGAAGUAUUAGAUCCGGAAGUUUCCGUCAAUGAAAAGGUGGAUUUCGAGUUUCGACUUGAAGAUCCGGUGAAAAUGUUACCGGCGGAUGAGCUUUUCUCUGAUGGAAAACUCGUGCCUCAGCUACUCCCGACGGUUCGUCCGGUGGCUGCGUCUACAUCAGCCGGUGUUAGGUCGCCGGAGACGCCGAAACUUCGUAUGAGAAAUAAUGAGAUUUCUCGUACGGACCCGUAUCUAUUCUCUCCGAAAGCUCCAAGGUGUUCUAGUCGGUGGAGGGAGAUUCUAGGCUUGAAGAAAUUUCCUAAUGAUAAGCACGAAGCUCAAAACAAUAGCUCCAACGCUCAUAAAUCUCUGAAGAACUUCCUCAAUCUCAGCUCAAAAUCAUCCUCCACUGAUGACUCGUCUCUUAACCUUCCGUUGCUCAAUAAGGAUACAGAUAACGAGUCCAUAUCAAUUUCUAGUUCCCGAUUAUCUCUUUCAUCGUCUUCCUCUUCCGGCCAUGAACACGAUGAUCUUCCUAGGCUUUCCCUUGAUUCUGAUAAACCAAGUAAUCCUAAUCCUCCUAGAAUACGAUUAGUAAAACAUCGAGCUCUAUCGUCAGAAAAUCCUAUCCCCACUAGAUUGGCAGCUGGAAGUCCAAUACACAGACAACCAGCUGAUUCAACAAGUACUAUACGGGGUCUCUCCGUUGAUGAUAGUCCUCGCAUGAAUUCUUCAGGGAAGAUAGUUUUCCACAACUUAGGAAGAAGCUCAAGUAGUCCAAGCAGCUUCAAUGGUGGACCUAGAUACAAACAUGGAGGCGGCGUGGAAAGGUCUUAUUCAGCUAAUGUUCGUGUUACUACGGUUCUGAAUGUUCCAGUAUGCAGUUCUCUUAGAGGUUCUUCUAAAUCUGGGGUAUUUGGGUUUCCUCUGUUUUCUUCUUCUUCUUCUUCGCAUCAGAAAAAAGACAGCGGAGCUGUAAACAAGAAACACCAUAGUAACAACAGGCCAAACAGAACCGAUCGAAUCAAAGAAUGAAUGAAGUUGCCUGGUAAUGUAAUCCUCAACUUUCAAGAACAAUUUCAGUUACAUGGAUUAUGUAAAUAUGCAGGGAAUUAACUCUUGUUUAAUUACAUGGAUAAUUUUCUUCGUUUAGCGCUAUAACUAACAAUGAUGAUGAAAGCUAGUAUUAGUGUUGUUGAAUUUAAGUGUUUCUUUCUUUACCUGAAAGCUAUGGAAUCAAUUCUGUGAUUCAGUGCUUUUAGAAAAAGUUGAAUAAAUUUUUUCUUUCAGUUUGUAUGAUGAUGGUGUUGGGAAGCACGUGUUUUUGCUUGCUUGACAACUGUAGCAUUGUUUA